AUUUGUAUUCCACCUGAGGGGGUUUCACUGAGACAACAAAGAAAGCAAUAUUCCAGCAGGGGGAAAAGGUGAAUUUGAAGAAAAAUGACAUCCGUUUAUGCAGCAUGUGAUGCAGCUUCUGAUUCACCAGAGCUGAGGAUGGUGCUUCUGGGUAACACUGGUGUUGGAAAAAGUGCAACAGGCAACGCAAUAUUAGGAAGAGAAGCUUUCAGAGAAACUGAAACUACAGAGUGUGAGAUACAGAGAGGAAGAGUGGAGGACAGAAACAUCUCAGUCAUCGACACUCCGGCAAUCAACACCACAACUCUCAGUACAGACCGGCUGAAGACUGAACUGGAGAGGUGUAUCUCACUGUCUUCCCCUGGUCCUCAUGUGUUCCUGCUGGUGAUCAGAGUGAGAAGAUUCACAGAAGAAGAGAGGAACACUGUGAAGUGGAUUCAGGAGAACUUUGGAGAAGAAGCUCUGAAGUUCACCAUGGUGCUCUUCACUGGAAAAGAAGAAUUGACCAGCAGACAAUGGAAGAUGUUUUUUGAGGAACAACAUAUUCAACACUUUAGUGAACAGUUUGGAGGUGGGUAUAGUUUGAUAAACAGUAAGAAAGAGGUUAGUCCUGCUCAAAUCACAAAACUGCUGGAGAAGAUCGAUGAAAUGGUCAAGCAGAACAGAGGACAACAUUACAGCAAUGAAAUGUACAAGGUGAUGCAAAAGAAGAAAGUAGAAGAAGCCACCAAAGCUGAAGAAGAAGAGAAGAAAAUAGAGAAAGAAUUACUAAAGCAACAUCAAGAAAAAGAGAGGGAAGAACAGGAGAAAAAAAGAAGAGACGGAAUCAAAAAACAGCAGGGCCAAGAAGCAAAGAUGCAAAAAAAGGAGUGGAAAAGAAAGGAUGAGAGAAGAGACAAUGACAUUGCUCAAGAAAGUGAGACUAAGGCAGCAGAAGAAGAAGAAGUGGAGAAGAUUAAAGAAGAACAGACAGUGCUGGUUACACUGCUCAAUACUGCAGAUAGCAGAGCACCAGAGACAAAGGAAAGACUGAAGAACUCUAACAAAAGGCUACAAAAUAGACAGAGCAUGGAGACCACAACACUAGAUGAAGGGAUGAGGACUGAAGAUGGGGUGGGGGAAGAGCAGUCCAAAGAAAGAAAAGAGGAGUCGGUUAAAUAUCUAAGUAAGGCAGACAGAGAGAAAGAGAGAGAAAGAUGCACAAGAGAAGAUCUCAGAAGACAAGAGGAGAGUCGGAGGGAGAGGGAAAGAAUAAAGUGGGAACAGGAGCAGGCAGUGAUGGAAGGAGUAUCUGAGAGAGAAUCUGAUGUGAGGAUUGUUCUUUUAGGUAGACCUCACGCAGGAAGGAGUGCAACAGGAAACACUAUUCUGGGCAGAGAAGCUUUCGGAAAGGACUUAAUUAAAUCACCCUCUGCCACAAUUUGUAAAAGACAGGAUGGAAUGGUGGGAAAUAAGUCUGUCACUGUAAUCGACACUGAAUGUAACAGAAGUCGCCUGAAUCAUUCUGAGUUUGAAGAGUGCAUGCGCCUCUGUUCUCCUGGACCUCAUGCGUUCCUGCUUGUGAUACGUUCUCCCACCUUUGCGCGGGUAAAUGAAACAUUUUAUCCACUAAAGAAUCAUUUUGGAGAUGAAUUCCUAAAGCGGAGCGUAGUCCUGAUCACCCGUGGAGACAAAUGGGGGAGAGUCGAGCACAAGGACUUGCAUUAUAGCUUGGGGCAAUUUGUGGACAGCUGUGGAGGAGCUUUUCAUGUCUUCAACAAUGAGGAGCAAGUGGACCGCACUCAGGUCACAGAGCUGAUGGAGAAGAUUGAGGCUGUGGUGGAGAGGAAUGGAGGACAGCACUACACUAAUGAGAUGUACCAGGAGGUUCAGAGAAAGAGAAAUGAAGAGUGGAGCUGUUCUGUGUCCUAAAUGAUAUCAUUUGAGCCAUGUUUCAACCUCUGUUGAUAAGAUCCGUGAUGAAUAUUAGUGCAAUGUUUUCAAAAAUGUAGAGGAUGCUGUACAAUUUUACAACUGCAGCAUUUAUCAGAAAAUUACAUGAAAUGUGUUGUGAUUAAAAUGUUUUUACAAUCAAAAUUGAAGGCACCAGUACCCCAUCUGUAACGGCUGGGAGCGUAGAGGCGGACACGUGUGCGGAGGCAAGCGAGAUUUAUUAUUAAUUGCAAAUCCAAAAUCAGGGUCAGAACAGUCCAUGGUCAUGGACAGACAUGAUAAAAGAACACAGAACUCCAAACAGGCCAGAAAUAAACAAAACUUCUUCAAACAGAACAUACACUUCAAACACAAACCUUAUAUCAGACAUACAUCUCAAACAAAGACCUGCAACCACACAGGGGAAAACACAGGGCUUAAAUACAUGAGGGACAGGUGGAAACACAGGUGGAGACAGUCAGGGAUGGUGGCACAAAACAAUGGGGUUGGACUGAAAACCAAAACGAAGAAGCACAUGGACAGGACUAGGAAGUAAACACAACACAAGCGCAUGGACAGGGCUGGGAGGGGCCAAUCGUGACACCGUCAAGCCCCCUUUGGGGUCUCUCUGUACAUAUACUCAUUUACAGGAUGUCAUUUAAAGAUGGGAAGGAAUACCUUGCACAUGAUCUUUCUCUCAUAUAUAAUGGUUGGAACUGUGGAGGAUUACACCUUAUUUUUAUAUUAUUCUUGUGCUGUCCAACUUAUAACAACGUUCUUUCUCACUACCUCUGACCUCAACCCCAUCCAACACCUCUGGGAUGAACAGGGAUUGUGAGC